AUGCCGGCCAUCCUGGUCGCCUCCAAAAUGAAGUCGGGACUGCCCAAACCCGUGCACAGCGCCGCUCCCAUCCUGCACGUGCCCCCGGCCCGGGCCGGCCCCCAGCCCUGCUACCUCAAGUUGGGGAGCAAGGUGGAGGUGAGCAAGACCGCCUUCCCGAGCCAGAUCCCGCUCAAGUCGCAGGGGCUGCAGGAGCUGGCGGGGGAGGGGCUCCCGCUGCGGAAGACCGGCUCGGUGGAAAACGGGUUCGAUACCCAGAUCUACACGGACUGGGCCAAUCAUUAUCUAGCCAAAUCAGGCCACAAACGUCUCAUCAAGGAUCUCCAGCAAGAUGUGACGGACGGUGUCCUUCUGGCCCAGAUCAUCCAGGUUGUGGCAAAUGAAAAGAUUGAAGACAUCAAUGGCUGUCCGAAGAACAGAUCGCAAAUGAUUGAAAACAUAGAUGCCUGCUUGAAUUUCCUGGCAGCUAAGGGAAUAAACAUUCAGGGGCUGUCUGCAGAAGAAAUCAGGAAUGGGAACCUCAAGGCCAUUCUAGGCCUCUUCUUCAGCCUCUCCCGGUACAAGCAGCAGCAGCAGCAGCCCCAGAAGCAGCACCUCUCCUCGCCACUGCCGCCGGCCGUGUCCCAGGUGGCCGGGGCCCCCUUCCAGUGCCAGGCUGGCACUCCUCAGCAACAGGUGCCAGCCACUCCCCAAGCCCUGUGCCAGCCUCACCAGCCAGCACCACAUCAGCAGUCAAAAGCACAAGCCGAAAUGCAGUCCAGACUCCCAGGUCCUACCGCAAGGGUAUCCGCUGCAGGCAGCGACGCCAAAACACGCGGAGGGUCAGCCGCUGCUAACAACCGACGCAGCCAGAGCUUUAACAACUAUGACAAGUCCAAACCAGUCACCUCCCCACCCCCACCGCCUCCGCCAAGCAGCCACGAGAAAGAGCCAUUGGCAAGCCCGGCCUCCUCGCACCCCGGAAUGAGCGAAAAUGCAUCUGUUUCCUUGGAGAGCGGCGGCAGCUCCACCCUUGCUAACUGCGGUGUCUCCUCGGCCAUCCCCCAGCCCGGUGCUGCCACUAAGCCCUGGCGCAGCAAGUCCAUCAGCGUGAAGCACAGCGCGACGUCGUCCAUGCUCUCGGUCAAGCAGCCCGUGCCCGAGAACCCCAGGCCCAGCCCCGAAGCCUUGAAGCCAGCGCCCAACAAUCAGAAGUCCAUGCUGGAGAAACUAAAACUUUUCAACAGCAAAGGGGGUUCCAAGGCGGGUGAGGGCCCGGGGUCGCGGGACACGAGCUGCGAGCGGCUGGAGAUCCUGUCCAGCGUCGAAGAGAGCGAAGAGAUGGAGGCCACCGGUCGCACGUUCUCCGCGGCGGGCCCAGCGUCCAGCAGCCCCAAGAUCGCACUCAAGGGCAUCGCCCAGAGAACGUUCAGCCGGGCGCUGACCACCAAGAAGAGCUCCCCGAAAGGCAGCGACAAGGAAAGGGAGAAAAGCAAGGACCUUGCCAAGAGAGCCUCUGUGACAGAGAGACCGGACCUCAGAGAGGGGCCCAGAGAAGACCCCAGUGGGGCAGCGGUGACCGAGAUGCCAAAAAAGUCCUCCAAGAUUGCCAGCUUCAUCCCCAAAGGGGGCAAGCUCAGCAGUGCCAAGAAGGAGACCCCUGCCCCCUCCCUCAGUGGAAUUCCAAAACCAGGGAUGAAGAGCAUGCCCGGGAAGUCCCCAAGUGCCCCUGCCCCCUCCAAGGAGGGGGAGCGGAGCCGGGGUGGGAAGCCGAGCUCAGGGCUCCCCCAGCAGAAGCCCCAGCUGGACGGCAGACACUCCAGUUCCUCCUCCAGCCUGGCGUCCUCGGAAGGAAAAGGCCCAGGAGGGACCACCCUGAACCACAGCAUCAGCAGCCAGACUGUCAGCGGGUCCGUCGGGACCACCCAGACCACAGGAAGCAACACCGUCAGUGUUCAGCUACCUCAGCCCCAGCAGCAAUACAGCCACCCCAACACUGCGACGGUCGCGCCUUUCCUAUACAGGUCCCAGACAGACACCGAAGGGAAUGUUACUGCCGAGUCCAGCUCCGCGGGGGUGAGCAUGGAGCCCGGACACUACUCCAAGAGCGGACAGCCUGCGCUGGAAGAGCUCACUGGGGAAGAUCCUGAGGCUCGGCGCCUGCGGACAGUGAAGAACAUUGCUGACCUGCGGCAGAACCUGGAGGAGACCAUGUCCAGUUUACGGGGAACUCAGGUUACACACAGCACAUUAGAAACCACAUUUGACACCAACGUCACCACGGAGAUCAGCGGGCGCAGCAUCCUCAGCCUGACGGGCAGGCCCACGCCUCUGUCCUGGAGGCUCGGCCAGUCCAGCCCUCGGCUCCAAGCAGGAGAUGCCCCCUCGAUGGGCAACGGGUACCCGCCUCGGGCCAACGCCAGCCGGUUCAUCAACACCGAGUCGGGCCGCUACGUGUACUCUGCCCCUCUGAGGAGGCAGCUGGCCUCCAGGGGCAGCAGCGUCUGCCACGUGGACGUCUCGGACAAGGCGGGGGACGAGAUGGACCUGGAAGGCAUCAGCAUGGACGCCCCCGGCUACAUGAGCGACGGCGACGUCCUGAGCAAGAACAUCCGGACGGAUGACAUCACAAGUGGGUACAUGACCGACGGUGGACUUGGCCUCUACACCCGUCGCCUGAACCGGCUCCCCGAUGGGAUGGCUGUCGUGCGGGAGACUCUGCAGAGAAAUACCUCCCUGGGCCUCGGGGACGCCGACAGCUGGGAUGACAGCAGCUCCGUCAGCAGCGGGAUCAGCGACACCAUAGACAACCUCAGCACUGAUGACAUCAACACCAGCUCCUCCAUCAGCUCCUAUGCCAACACACCUGCCUCUUCUCGCAAAAACCUGGAUGUACAGACCGACGCAGAGAAGCACUCGCAGGUGGAGAGGAAUUCCCUCUGGUCGGGCGAUGAUGUCAAGAAGUCCGACGGAGGGUCAGACAGUGGCAUAAAGAUGGAGCCCGGGUCCAAGUGGAGGCGGAAUCCCUCGGACGUGUCUGAUGAGUCCGACAAAAGCACAUCGGGCAAGAAGAACCCCGUCAUCUCCCAGACGGGCUCGUGGCGGCGAGGCAUGACCGCUCAGGUGGGCAUCACCAUGCCCAGGACGAAGCCAGCUGCUCCGGCGGGCACGCUUAAGACCCCAGGAACCGGAAAAACCGACGAUGCCAAGGUGUCCGAGAAAGGAAGGCUGUCUCCCAAAGCCUCCCAGGUGAAGCGCUCCCCAUCGGAUGCAGGCCGCAGCAGCGGUGAUGAGUCCAAAAAGCCCCUCCCCGGCAGCUCCAGGACACCCACUGCCAAUGCCAACAGCUUUGGGUUCAAGAAGCAGAGUGGCUCUGCUGCGGGUCUGACCAUGAUCACAGCCAGCGGGGCCACUGUCACCAGCAGGUCAGCCACACUGGGCAAAAUCCCAAAGUCGUCUGCGCUCGUGGGUCGGUCCACUGGCCGGAAGACGAGCAUGGAUGGGGCUCAGAAUCAGGACGAUGGGUAUCUGUCUCUCAGCUCCCGGACAAACUUGCAGUACCGGAGUUUGCCACGGCCCAGUAAGUCCACCAGCCGGAAUGGGGCCGGGAACAGGUCUAGUACCAGCAGCAUAGAUUCCAACAUCAGCAGCAAGUCCGCAGGCCUGCCGGUGCCCAAGCUGAGGGAGCCUUGCAAGACAGCCCUGGGCAGCUCUCUGCCAGGUCUGGUCAACCAGACGGACAAAGAGAAAGGCAUCUCGUCAGACAACGAGAGCGUGGCUUCCUGUAACUCAGUGAAGGUGAACCCAGUGGCCCAGCCUGUGUCCAGUGCGGCUCAGCCCACUCUCCAGCCAGGAGCCAAGUACCCCGAUGUGGCCUCUCCCACACUCCGCAGACUCUUUGGUGGGAAGCCUAGCAAGCAAGUGCCCAUCGCCACAGCUGAAAACAUGAAAAAUUCAGUGGUCAUCUCUAAUCCUCAUGCCACCUUGACCCAGCCAGGUAACCUAGAGUCCCCCUCAGGCAGCGGUGUCCUGAGCAGCGGGAGCAGCAGUCCUCUCUACAGUAAGAAUGUGGAUAUCAACCAGUCUCCUCUAGCCUCCAGCCCCAGCUCAGCCCACUCAGGCCCCUCCAACAGCCUCACUUGGGGCACCAACGCCAGCAGCUCCUCGGCAGUUAGCAAGGACGGCCUGGGCUUCCAGUCCGUCAGCAGCCUGCACACCAGCUGUGAGUCCAUUGACAUCUCCCUCAGCAGUGGAGGGGGGCCGAGUCACAACUCCUCCACGGGCCUCAUCGCCUCCUCUAAGGACGACUCCCUGACUCCCUUUGUGAGAACCAACAGUGUGAAGACCACACUGUCAGAAAGUGACCCGCACCUUGAUAGGAACACUUUGCCUAAGAAAGGACUCAGGUAUACCCCCACCUCCCAGCUUCGCACGCAGGAAGACGCAAAAGAAUGGUUGCGGUCCCACUCUGCAGGAGGCCUGCAGGACACCGCUGCCAACUCCCCCUUUUCCUCUGGCUCCAGUGUCACUUCUCCCUCCGGAACAAGGUUCAAUUUUUCUCAGCUUGCGAGUCCCACCACGGUCACCCAGAUGAGCUUGUCCAACCCGACCAUGCUGAGGACCCACAGCCUGUCCAACGCCGAUGGGCAGUAUGACCCGUACACCGACAGCCGCUUCCGGAACAGCUCCAUGUCCCUGGAUGAGAAGAGCAGGACCAUGAGCCGCUCGGGCUCCUUCCGAGAUGGCUUCGAGGAAGUUCACGGAUCCUCGCUCUCCUUGGUUUCCAGCACAUCGUCAAUUUAUUCAACACCAGAAGAAAAAUGCCAGUCAGAGAUUCGAAAGCUGCGGCGGGAGCUGGAUGCCUCCCAGGAAAAGGUGUCAGCUUUGACCACCCAGCUGACAGCAAAUGCUCACCUCGUGGCGGCCUUUGAACAGAGUCUUGGAAACAUGACCAUCAGGCUCCAGAGUUUGACCAUGACGGCUGAGCAGAAGGAUUCAGAACUGAAUGAGUUAAGAAAAACCAUUGAGUUGCUAAAGAAACAGAACGCAGCUGCCCAGGCUGCCAUUAAUGGAGUAAUUAACACACCGGAGCUCAACUGCAAAGGAAAUGGUACCUCCCAGUCUACAGACCUCCGCAUCCGCAGGCAGCACUCUUCCGACAGCGUCUCCAGCAUCAACAGCGCCACCAGCCACUCCAGCGUGGGCAGCAACAUAGAAAACGACUCAAAGAAAAAGAAGAGAAAGAACUGGGUCAAUGAGUUACGCAGCUCCUUCAAGCAAGCUUUCGGGAAGAAGAAGUCCCCCAAGUCGGCAUCCUCUCACUCAGACAUUGAGGAGAUGACGGAUUCUUCUCUGCCCUCCUCGCCGAAGUUACCACACAACGGCUCCACGGGUUCCACCCCACUGCUGCGGAACUCUCACUCCAACUCUCUAAUUUCAGAGUGCAUGGACAGCGAGGCCGAGACAGUCAUGCAGCUCCGAAACGAGCUGAGAGACAAGGAGAUGAAACUGACGGACAUCCGCCUGGAGGCCCUCAGCUCCGCGCACCAGCUGGACCAGCUCCGGGAGGCCAUGAACAGGAUGCAGAGUGAAAUAGAGAAGCUGAAAGCUGAAAAUGACCGGCUAAAGUCAGAGUCUCAAGGCAGUGGCUGCAGCCGGGCGCCCUCCCAGGUGUCCCUCUCCACCUCCCCGAGGCAGUCCAUGGGCCUCUCCCAGCACAGCCUGAACCUCACUGAGUCAACCAGCCUGGACAUGUUGCUGGAUGACACUGGUGAAUGCUCGGCUCGGAAGGAAGGAGGCAGGCAUGUUAAGAUAGUUGUCAGCUUUCAGGAGGAAAUGAAGUGGAAGGAGGAUUCCAGACCACACCUCUUUCUUAUUGGCUGCAUUGGAGUUAGUGGCAAGACGAAGUGGGAUGUGCUCGAUGGGGUGGUUAGACGGCUGUUCAAAGAAUACAUCAUUCAUGUUGACCCAGUGAGUCAGCUAGGGCUGAAUUCGGAUAGUGUUCUCGGCUACAGCAUCGGGGAAGUCAAGCGCAGCAACACGUCCGAGACCCCUGAGCUUCUGCCCUGUGGCUACCUGGUGGGAGAGAACACUACCAUCUCCGUGGCCGUCAAAGGGCUUGCGGAAAACAGCCUAGACUCGCUGGUGUUCGAGUCCCUGAUCCCCAAGCCCAUCCUGCAGCGCUACGUCUCCCUGCUGGUGGAACACCGGCGGAUUAUCCUCUCUGGCCCCAGCGGCACUGGGAAAACCUACCUGGCCAACAGGCUGUCAGAGUACCUGGUGCUUCGGGAGGGACGGGAGCUGACUGAUGGGGUCAUCGCCACCUUCAACGUGGACCACAAGUCCAGCAAGGAAUUGCGCCAGUACCUGUCCAACCUUGCCGACCAGUGCACCAGUGAGAACAACGCUGCGGACAUGCCUCUUGUCAUCGUCCUGGACAACCUGCACCACGUCAGCUCUCUGGGCGAGAUCUUCAACGGGCUGCUCAACUGCAAGGACCACAGAUGCCCUUACAUAAUUGGCACAAUGAACCAGGCUACCUCUUCUACUCCCAACCUGCAGCUUCAUCACAACUUCAGGUGGGUGCUGUGCGCCAACCACACGGAGCCCGUGAAGGGUUUCCUUGGCCGGUUCCUGAGGCGGAAGCUCAUGGAGACGGAGAUCAGCGGGCGGGUGCGGAACGUGGAGCUGGUGAAAAUCAUCGACUGGAUUCCCAAGGUCUGGCAGCACCUCAACCGCUUCCUGGAGGCUCACAGCUCCUCGGACGUCACCAUAGGCCCCCGCCUCUUCCUGUCAUGCCCCAUCGACGUGGAUGGCUCCAGGGUGUGGUUCACCGACUUGUGGAACUACUCAAUCAUCCCCUAUCUCCUGGAAGCCGUCCGAGAGGGACUCCAGCUCUAUGGAAGGCGGGCCCCCUGGGAGGAUCCUGCCAAGUGGGUGAUGGACACCUAUCCUUGGGCGGCCAGCCCCCAGCAGCACGAGUGGCCUCCCCUGCUGCAGCUGCGGCCUGAGGAUGUCGGCUUCGACGGCUACUCCCUGCCCCGGGAGGGCUCGACCAGCAAGCAGAUGCCCCCAAGCGAUGCCGAAGGAGACCCGCUGAUGAACAUGCUGAUGAGGCUGCAGGAGGCAGCCAACUACUCCAGCCCCCAGAGCUACGACAGCGACUCCAACAGCAACAGUCAUCACGACGACAUCCUGGACUCGUCCCUGGAGUCUACCCUGUGACAGGGCCCAGCCAUGGAGCCUGCCCACCUCACCACCUCGCCCACUGCACCUGCAUCCCCUGCACCACCCUGAAGACGCCCUCCUGAGCCAGCCCGGCCGCAGCGUGAGCGCUGCAGGGAGACCAAGGACCCCGCGUCCCGCCGCCUCGACCUGGGUGCCGGCGUCCCGGGUCAGCUGCCCUGGGACUGCUUCCUUCCACAGUGAGAACUGCACUAUCUUCGGUUUUACUUUAAUGAUUGUUUUUGCCUUGUUGCUGUGACCUCCCUAAGACACCGAGGAUACGUCUCGGGAAAGGAACAUCGCCGUUGAAACGAAAAGGGUUAAAAACAAAAGCCCCAUUUGAAGCUCUGAAACCAAACAGCAUCCCGCCACGUGCUGCCCAGAGACAGAGAGACGAGCAAAGCUGGAAAUGCAGACAGCACGGCUUCCCCUGGGCUCAGACCCUGCGGACCGGGUCUGGCAGCCAACCCACCCAUAUCUGCACCAUCCCCCCACAUCCUCACCGACCCCCGUUAUCCACACCAACCCAGCCGGCCACGGAGAACUGGUGCUAACGAGGCACUUGCUUUGGUCACACAACAAACGCCAGCACGACCACCCAGGAAAACCUUAGGGAAACCAACCCCCGCGCUCUGUUCUGUUUUGUUUUCUAAAUGGUGCUCCCCUUGCCCGAGAGGUAUUUCUCCUGUCCUACUCCAGCCACCCCCGUCGCCCGUCAGCCUCGGUGAAUCCAUGAGCGCGAGUGCAGGAGAGAGUGCCGAGGGGACGUGCCCCCAGCAGACAGCAUGUGUCUGUCUCCUUCGAAACGAAUCAGGUUUUUUUUCUGCAAACACUGUGUACAGUGAGAGCUGAUCUACUUUGGAGAACUGAUGACCCCUUGAGGUUGAGUCUCUCCCUUUCUGACUCUUUGGUUUUGAAGAUUUUUCUCCCUCCCCCACCCCCCCUUGGUCAGAAUCAAUCCUUUGGUGAAAGUGAGAACCGCAGGAGUUGAGUCUUGGUUUUCAGUUGUCCAUCCUCACAGUUCUGCGCACACGCCU